CAGUGCGCACGUCAAAGCCGGGCUAGGGCCGGGAGCGGGCAGCGGGGAGCGGCGCGGCCUGGGAGAGACCGAGCGUCUGGGAGCCGGGCAAACGCGAAGGCGAAGGUGAAGGCGGCGCCGGGCCCCGCAGCCGCAGCCGGAGCGAGCGAGCGCGUACAGCAGUGCGGCGGCCGUCGUGGGAGCCCCUGGGUCGCCGUCCGCCCGCGCAGCCGCCGCCGCGGGAGCCCGUCGCCGGGAGCAGGAGCAGGCGGAAGACAACGGAGGGGCAGAGCGCCCGAGCCGCGCCGCGGGGACCCAGCAAACAGCCCGAGGCGGCGGCGGCCGACGACGGGGACGGCGACGACUCGGAGGCGGAGAGGGAGCCGCCCGGCCCAGCCCCGUAAAGCAGGCAGAGUGCAGUGAGGCGCCUGUCGCUGCCGCCAUGCCGUUCCCUUUUGGGAAGUCUCACAAAUCUCCAGCAGACAUUGUGAAGAACCUGAAGGAGAGCAUGGCCGUUCUGGAAAAGCAAGACAUUUCUGACAAAAAAGCAGAAAAAGCUACAGAAGAAGUUUCCAAAAAUCUGGUUGCCAUGAAAGAAAUUCUGUAUGGCACAAAUGAAAAAGAGCCACAGACAGAAGCAGUGGCACAACUUGCUCAAGAACUGUAUAAUAGUGGGCUCCUUAGCACCCUGGUAGCUGAUUUACAGCUCAUUGACUUUGAGGGCAAAAAAGAUGUGGCUCAAAUUUUCAACAAUAUUCUCAGAAGACAGAUUGGUACAAGAACUCCUACUGUUGAAUACAUCUGCACCCAACAGAAUAUUUUAUUCAUGUUAUUGAAAGGAUAUGAAUCUCCAGAAAUAGCUCUAAAUUGUGGAAUAAUGUUAAGAGAAUGCAUCAGACAUGAACCACUUGCAAAAAUCAUUUUGUGGUCAGAACAGUUUUAUGAUUUCUUCAGAUAUGUCGAAAUGUCAACAUUUGACAUAGCUUCAGAUGCAUUUGCCACAUUCAAGGAUUUACUUACAAGACAUAAACUGCUCAGUGCAGAAUUUUUGGAGCAGCAUUAUGAUAAAUUCUUCAGUGAAUAUGAGAAGUUACUUCAUUCAGAAAAUUAUGUGACAAAAAGACAGUCACUCAAGCUUCUCGGUGAGCUACUAUUAGACAGACACAACUUCACAAUUAUGACAAAAUACAUCAGUAAGCCUGAGAACCUCAAGUUAAUGAUGAACCUCCUACGAGACAAGAGUCGUAACAUCCAGUUUGAGGCCUUUCAUGUUUUUAAGGUGUUUGUAGCCAAUCCCAACAAGACGCAGCCUAUCCUAGACAUCCUCCUCAAGAAUCAGACCAAGCUCAUAGAGUUCCUCAGCAAGUUCCAGAACGACAGGACCGAGGACGAACAGUUCAACGAUGAGAAGACCUAUUUAGUUAAACAGAUCAGGGAUUUGAAGAGACCAGCUCAGCAAGAAGCCUAAUUUCCAAUAAACAUCUACAAUAUUAAAUCCAAAUUCAGCAUUUGCUGUUAGCUAUUAAGCAUCAGGCACUCUUAUCGAUUCAUGAGGAACAUUACCGCUAACCUGCUGUUAAGUGAACGGUUUUCCAUUUACCUUUUUUGUUUCUUAGUCCAAGUCGGAGAACGUAGCUGCUGCUUUCUUGCACACUAGAGCACACAUGGACUUUCUCUUGAUCUUUGUGUCAUUUCAGAAUUGAAAGACUCCGUUUGCUAUAGGAGUUUUGAACAUGGCUAGUUUCAUGAGGGCAAAUGUAUAGAUGAUAGUGUGGUUUUAGGCAAGAAGAGUGCUGAUAUUAUCAGAUUAAUCCUACAUGUUUGCAUUUAUCUUUGUUAAGAUCUGAGUAUGGACUCUUGGUGAGAUCAUACCCCUUCACUAAAGGAAGAUCGUGCAGAGCUUUAUUUGAAAUCAGAGGGGAACUGUAUCCAAGAUGUGAGCUUUUUGGGUGGAUAAAGUUGACAUGCUACUAAAUUGAUACUGAAACUUAGCAACUUUUCUAAAGUGUGAAGCUUCAUAAGGUCAUAAGGAAAAUGUAUAUAUGCUUUUCACAGCUUUCUAGAAUUUUUUUGACAUUUGAUUUUCUUGAGACUUGUAAACCUGGAAAUGUUGAAGGGUAUUUGUUAAUUACUUUUUGAAGGUAUUUUAAAACUAGAGCUAGCAACUACACCUUGCAUUUCAUUUCAUUGAUGCUUACAGGUUUCUUUUGUAUAUAAUUCUUAGAAUGCUCAUUUCUUUUAAAUGACUUAAUUUGUACAGCAGAGGAAUGUUAUUGUAUUAGUAUGUAACUAUUACCUAAUAUUGAGUUUUUGCAAAAAAUGAAUGCUCAUAUGUAAUUGAAAUACUUCAGAUCACAUGAAAGUGCUGAUUUAACAUUUAAGUAUCACAGCAUUAAAAGAAAAAAGAAGUAAACCAACCCUUUGUAUUUAGUUAUCUAAUGGGGUGCCAUCAGUAGUCUGCAAGACAGACCUGCAGCUCAGUCAGCUAUACUCUUCUACAUAAUAUUGGCCUUUCUCAUUGAAAAUGAGUCGCGAGUUUGCCAGAUCUAUGAAUGAUACCGAUUAUGCUAAAUUAAUGCUGAUUCCUUGUGUGUGUGGGAACUUCUAGAACACGUUUUCUUUCUUAUAGUAAGUAAUCCAGUACAAUAGUUGUGAAACUGAAUAAUUAAAACUUCAGCACCUCUUAGGAAGAGGAAUUCCUAGUCAUAGGUGUCCUAUGGGGAAAUUUUUUUUUUUAACGUCCUGUUCCUUAAUGCUGCAAAUUAUCAGUAUUUAUAAAGUAACUGAUUUUGCACCACUUUUUUGUUACUGUGACCACGGCAGAGCAACUUCUAGAAUAGAUCUGUGUAAAGUUACUAGAAUGGUAUCUGUUCAUCUUAGUGAUACAAAGAUCAUGACUGGCAAUUCACAAAUCAGUUUGCCAGUUCAAAUUCAGCGUAGCUGUAGCUGAUUAAGAAAUUUACAUAAUUAUUUUUUGCGAGCCUCUUUUACUGAUUGAAUUAUUUAUCAGCCAGUAAAAAGAGACUCCCAGCUGAUGUCUCAGCAGGUUUUAAGACUUCUAGGAACCCCAGUUAGGAAAAUACCUCCAGAGAACAUAGCUGUAGUUUAUCUAAUUAAAAGGGCAGUCUACAUUAUAAUUGGUUUUCCCGAGGCUGUCUUUACCAAAAUCUGAAUAAAAUAAUUCAUGUUUUUCUAUUGGAAAUAGGGAAAGUGAUCCGUGAUCCAAGCUCCUUGAAAUGAAAAUAUCCAAGUCGUUGAGGAAGGCAGGGUGGCUGUGUGAUGAAGCAUCCCGGGUCUCCUGGUCUGGUGCUCGGUAUCGGGGCUUAGUGUGAAAACAGCAGUCGCACCAAAUGGAAGAAAGGUCUCCAUGCCAGGACGUUUCUUAGACCCUGAAACAACAAAACAGCUUCCCCUUCAGGGAUGCUGUUGUGGCACCAGAGCCUCCUGUGUGGAAGAUGGGGGCGGGCAGCAUGUCAGAGAAAACAUGGAGAGUUACUGUCGCCUUGGAAUCUGGAGAUGGUUGACUCUUUUUGGAUUUUGGUUUUUUUGUCAUUUUUUUUUUUUGAAACAAAAAUGUGAAAACAUUCAAAGUUGGAAAGUCACACUUGAAGUUAUGAUUAUUUAAUAUAUACAUAUUACCAAAACUAUUAUCCUGGAAGUGGUUUCUUUUUGUGUUAUAAAGGUUUAAUUUUAUGUCAGUUAGUUACUCCAUGUGAUUUUUAACCCUUUAAAAAAAAAGGUGGAGAUGUAUACAGUUGUUAACAAUGCCAUGAAAGCAUUUCCUUUCUCUUGAGGAAAAGUAAAUUUCUUCUCAGAAUAUCUGGCUGGCCCUGUAAUUUAAAUUAAAAUAAAAUUUUGAAGAAACA